AUGUUGGAGCCAAUUUUGGAUGUUUUGUCCUCACAAAGAAUUAUCCUUGCGAGUAGUUCUCCAAGAAGAAGUGAAAUCCUUCGAAAAAUUGUAAGUUCUUUAGAUCCUUGGAUAGUUUUUGAUAUUUAACAUCGUAAUAUUGUCACUGAUAUUAAACUGAUAAAAAAUGUUAUAGGGACUGAAGUUUGAUGUGAUUCCAUCAAACUUUGAGGAAAACCUAGACAAAAGUGCUUUUAAGCACCCUUAUGAAUAUGUUUUGGAAAAUUCAAGGCAAAAGGCUCUUGAGGUAGCUGUUCGUACAAACAAGGUAAGGCCUAAUAUUAUUGUGAAUCGAAAAACUUAAAAGACUCUACCUAAGGACGUUCUUGUUGUUGUUUCUUUUCUUCAAGUUUUCAAUUGAUUUGCUAGAAUUUAAUAUAGUCUUAUAAUUGGUCAUGCAUGACAUUAUCUGGUUAGAGAAUGUACUCUUGUAGCUGGCUGGGCUGGGAGAAUGUGACUCCAUUGAAUUUUGACAGCUCUAGUCGUCCAUAUGUGAGAGUCUGAUCAAGGCAUAAGAGUUUUCAGUUUUGCAUCUAAGAGACCUAAAGGGUUGAAAAUUUUAUUUAGGGGAACAAAGGGAAAACAGACUAUUUUACAGUUGUGCGCUGAGUUUCUUGGCCUUGAGUGGAUGCAAGGCUGGAAAGUGACUAAAAGUCGGUUUGAUAGAAACCUAACUUUUUUUCAAAAAAAUAUUAUAAAUCAGGCUCUCAAGCAUCUGAAUGCCACUGAAGUUUAUGUCAAACCAAAUUCACCACCAGCCUUGCUUCCACUAAAAGGCUGAGCCACUUAGCACAAACAGUAAUGGGGCCUUUGCUGGUCAGUCUGCAGCAUGUUUCACCCUUGACCUUAGGCUAUUUUGCAUCCCGUGAGUGAGCAAAGAAGUCUUGGACUGGAACAUGAUAGGCAAAUUCCCCCAACAACCUUGAUGGGUGAAAUCACAUACAAUCUUCAUGGAUAUUACCGGGAACAGGGAUUGGUUUUUUUAGCUGAGGUGGUGGGUACACUUCACCGUGUAUGACAAUAAAAAUAAUGCAGUUUAUGAUAAUAUUUUUUACCAAUAAUUAUUAGGUUGACAAGGAUAACUUGGUCAUUGGAGCAGACACAGUCGUUGUAAGUAUAUUAAUUAUUUUUUCUCUUAAUUAGUGAUAAUUUAACUGAAUGUCUGGUUUAACAUGAGUGAAUUAUUUAACAACUUUUUACAGGUUUUGAAUGAAAAAAUUCUGGAAAAACCCAAAGACAAAGAGAAUGCUUAUGAAAUGUUAAAAAGGUGACCUAUGAUAUUUUUGUGUAUUUUUGUAUCUAAGAGUACUUAACAUUUAAGCCAGAACUAGCUGGCCAGAGCAGUUUAGUCAAAUUGAAAAUUCUACUAUAACUAGGUCUAGCCAGCCAGCUUAGUCUGUUCCAAAACAGUGCACUAAGCUUUGACAGGAUUUUAGCAAAAAUUUUAAAAUGAACAGUCCAUUGAACCAUUCUGACUUGGCAAGUGCCCUAAAGGUGAUGAUAUACAGGACAAUUAGCAGCGACGAUUUUUAGCACAGUACAGCGUUGCAAUGUUGGAACAAUGUUGCAACUAUUCGAAACAAUGUUCCAACAAUGUUGCAAGGUUGUGUUGGGCUAAAAAUCAUCGUUGCGAAUCAUCUCGUGUAACAUCAUUAUAAGUCUUGGUGCUUGUGGAGGGCUGUCAUUAUAAAGAUUUCAAAUUGCCUUGAGUAUAGGAAAUUGAACUACUAGAGGGUUCUUUUGUUUUAAUUAUUUUGUUGCUUUUGUUUCCUAUGAAAGUACACAUGUAGCUGGGGUUCUUGCUCAUUCUAGCUGGGGAAAAUUCUUGGCCCCCAGCCCUUUAUGACAGCCUUGCUCAGCGAUGCAUAAAUAUGGGGCAUAUUGCCAUUUGUUGAUAUUCCUUUAAGCUGUCUUGUUUUGACCAGUUGACCAAUCUCAAUGUGAAAAGUGAGUAGUUAACACCAAUGUUUAAUAUGAUAACAUCUAGAUAGUCAGACUAGUCAGAUGAUCCACAUAAUAAUACCUGUAGAACAAACUAAAACAUCNUUCUCUUAAUUAGUGAUAAUUUAACUGAAUGUCUGGUUUAACAUGAGUGAAUUAUUUAACAACUUUUUACAGGUUUUGAAUGAAAAAAUUCUGGAAAAACCCAAAGACAAAGAGAAUGCUUAUGAAAUGUUGAAAAGGUGACCUAUGAUAUUUUUGUGUAUUUUUGUAUCCAAGGGCACUCAAAAUUUAAGCCAGAACUAGCUGGCCAGAGCAGUUCAGUCAAGUUGAAAAUUUUAAUAUAAUAUUGGUCAGGUCUAGCCAGCCAGGUUAGUCUGUUCCUAAACAGUGCACUAAGCUUUGACAGGUUUUUAGCGAAAAUUUUAAAAUGAACAGUCCAUUGAACACAUUCUUGGCUCCCGGCCCUUUAUCACAGCCUUGCUCAGCCAUGCAUAAAUAGGGCCGGGCAUGUUGCCAUUUGUUGAUUUUCCUUUAAGCUGUCUUGUUUUGACCAGUUAACCAAUCUCAGUGUGAAAAGUGAGUAGUUAAAACCAAUGUUUAAUAUGAUAACAUCUAGGUAGUCAGACUAGUCAGAAGAUCUACAUAAUUAUACCUGUAAAACAAACUAAAACAUCUUAGCAUUUUGAUCAGUUGCACUAAAAUCAAUUUCAUAACUUGAAAACUGAAUUAAAAUGUGUUCAACUUAAAGGCCACAUCGUAUUGCAAAUUCUGUGUAAGUUGUGACUUUAGAUAAAUUAUAACUAGAUAUCAGUGUAUUUUAAUUAGAUUUUUGCUUGAAAAUGUAGUCUACAUGUAAUAUUAGAUUUGCUUUUGUUUGACUCACAAUGAGAGUUAUUCUUACUGCAUGACACCCAUAAACAUAUGUAGUGCCCUUUAACUGAAACAGCAAUCUGUAAUACCCUCAACUUUUUGUAACAAACAAGCAUAUUUAUAGUUUGAGUGGCAGGGACCAUAAAGUGUUCAGUGGUGUUACCCUUGUGCAGAGAGACUUUAAAGGUUGGUUAAUGAAUUAUAUGGCAUAAUAAAUGGUUUAAAGUAAGCAUUUAUGGUACAUGUAUCAAAUACACAGUUGCAAUGACUCAGUAUCUGAACUUCUCAACUGCCUACUCCAGGUUUCAGAUUCUCAUGACUUUCUCAGGAAAUCCUCCCUUGCAGUCCAUUUCUGUUUCCAAAUUUUUUCUUUCACUUCUCUUGACCAUAGAAUUACAGACCAUCAUGAUUGCUCCUGGCCUCUGACGUCAACUAAAUAACUCUCAUCGAUCCACAUCUGUAUUGAAGAUUCUGCAAAGCUUUUUCAACUAUACCAGUAGAGGUUUCUGAAUUUAACAAGAGAUAACUUUUUCCAAUUGUAGAUUUAAAAGAUUCCAAAAUCACCCAGUUUUAUGAAGAAACAUUAGUAUCAUUUGGAGAGUUAACAGAUGAUGUCAUUCAUGGCUACAUUAAAACUGGAGAACCUAUGUAAGUUGUGGAUAAUCUACAAGUGCCAUUGUGUAGUGUCCUUUAUCACGCCACACACAUAAUCUAUAAAUCUCUACAGUGAUAAUUCUGGUGAAAGGCUCUAAUAAUUAUUAAGUAUUGUAGGGUGAAAACUGCUUAUUAAAACUUUAAAGCUAGUCACAGCUAAUUACACUUAUUUUAGAAGGCCAAUGCAAUAUAGAUUGUAUUUAUCGCAUGAAAGCACAUGUAGGAUAUGGAGUUGGAAUGUCUUAAUACACUGUAGAGUCUCUCUCUCACCCCAUCCCAACUUCCAGUUCCUCUAUUUUUGUUGAACACUUCAAGAGUACAUGUACAGUUACUACUCCCCUUAGCAUUUGCUGUUUGUAGUCCUUCAUAAAAGUAUCAGCUUCUGUUGCAGUCGACAAUGUUUAUACCCAGCUGAUCAACCACCUGUAAAAUUCUAGAAGAUUUCUAUGAAUAUCAUUUUAAUUAACAUCAGAAAUGUGCUAUUUUUUUUCAGGGACAAAGCUGGAUCAUAUCCUUUUAUAAAGUGUGUGUUUUGUAGUCUGAUCUGAAGUGCUAUUUAAGAGUCUGACCUCUGCUAACCUUUGCUUUCACUCCCCAAAUUAGUGUACCAGAAAAAAGUCUUAUCUUAAUUUCCUGAAUCAGGAUCAGGAUUUUAUGACCCAACGAUGAUCACAUCAAUGGGGUUCAAAUGUAUUUUCUUACAAAUUUGUUCACUUGACUGUGUUUUUCCUUAACUUAACUUAUUUAUGGUAUCCAGGGUAUUGGUGGUACUCUUGUCAAGUCUAUCCACGGAGACUACUUCAAUGUCAUGGGAUUUCCAUUACAUCAUUUCUGUCUUCAAAUUAGAAAAUUGUACUCUGAUAAAAUCAGCUGA